UAAAACAAUUUGAAUCUAACACAAUUUUUGUUUGCGGGGAGACAAAUUUUCAGAUGUGCACGAUUUUCUAAAGCCUGUAUGAAUUUUUCGUGGUUAAGUCACCCACUGUGAGUCACCUGGAGGCGUAAAUUUCCAUUCGCUGUUAGCCGUGAAUAACAGCUUAAUGCGACAAUGGCGCGCGGCCGCAUUAAUGGCAAGACCUGGGAGAACGACAUCGUCACGACAAGGUGCUGUCAAAUUGCACCAAUACAACAAAUUACACGCGUCGUGGUUUUCAAAGGUUUUCAUAUGCUUUUAUUGGAGUUGUUUGUUUUUUAUUUUUUUGUUUUGGGAUACAGAAUCUAAAAACCUAAGUUGAUUAAUUAGUAUGUUUAAACUUUAAAAUCAGAACUUAAUAAUUUGUAUAUUAACAAUCGGAAAUUACGAAAAGCGUUCACCGUUCAACCAAGAUCGCUGAGCUUGCGCCACUUUCAGGCUACUGUAUUACGUCAUUCAACUUUGAUAGAAGGUGACGUCACAAACCCCUAUUACGCGCAACUCCACACGACUCUAGCAUGAGAAGUUCAAUGGAAGCUGAAAAUGUAGAACACAAAUUAAUAGUCCUUGGAAAUCAAGGAGUUGGUAAAACGGCACUGGUAACAAGAUUAGUUUAUGAUGUUUUUGAAGAUAUUAAUACUUCAACCAUUGGGAUGGAUUUCUUCACCAAAACUAUUUUCUUAGAAGAUCGUCCUAUAAGAUUUAAAAUGUGGGAUACCGCAGGACAAGAACGAUUUCAUUGUCUUUUACCUGCCUACCUCCGGGACUCUACCAUCGCAUUGAUUGUUUAUGACAUCACUAAAAAAGCAAGUUUCGAUGAUGUGAGCAACUGGAUGUUGAAGAUCCGAUCAGAAAGGGGGAAUAACGUUGUCAUUAUAUUGAUAGGCAAUAAAAGUGACGCACAUGCGAAUAGACAGGUUGAAUAUGAAGAAGCUCUUACCAAAGCUGAAAUGAUGAACAUUAGUUUUAUCGAAACAAGCGCAAAGACUGGCGCAAACAUUAACGAAUUGCUCCAAAUGAUAUUAUUUCCAGAACAACCUUACUUGCGACCGUAUCACACGAUCGAGAAAACCUGGAAAGAGAAAAUCUUGCUUGGUGGAGGAAGUGCAUCGCAACAUUCGUUGAACAAAAGAUGUUCUUGUUAACAAUCCAUAAACGAUAGUUCCAUAAGUUCAUUAUAUUUUCAAUGAGAUACGGAAGAACAUGCAAGGGUGCAAAGAACAAAAUUUAACAAGUGCGGUAGUGGCUUGAAUUACAGAAUUACUAAUUGAAUAGGAAUGACUAUAUCUAUAAUCACGCCACGCUACUCAAAGUCUGUCAUUUUUGAACAAGUGCAAUUUCGCAAUUAUGCAAUUAAUUAUUGCUAUUAUGUGUGGAGUGCUUUCAUUGGCGAUAUGAGCUAAGCGGACAGUCCUUUAUACCUAUGAUCCUUGAUCCUUCAAAGCGUAUUUGGAUCAGUGCAUGUCUAGCGUGCAUUCCUGGAAAACAAUCGAAGCAAAACAUCAUUGUACCAAAUGCCAAUGAUACGUUGAAGAGACAACAUCUAUAACUGUUGAUUAAUUUCUUUAUUAACAAAUU